CGUCUCCGUUCCGCGCUCCGUCCCGCCGCUGCCAUAAAAUGUUUGACGGCUGCCUCCUCUCUCUUGUGUUUCCCUGCCUGCUGCUGUGGGGACUGGACGCCGGCACAGCUGGCGGAGCGGAGCUGGAAGUGGUGAUCCCGGAGCGAGUGGCGCUGGAGAAGAUCCACCUGCUGCCGGCCGCCGUGCGAGGGGAUCGCGGCGGCCCCCGGCGCCGGCGGGCGCUGCCGCGGCAGCGAGCGGCGGCGGAGGCCCUGCUGCUCCGCCUGCCUGCCGCCGGUGCCGAGCUCUACUUGCACCUCCGCCGCGACCUGCGCUUCCUCGCCCAGGGCUUCGUGGUGGAGCAGCGGAGCGGGGAGGCGCGGUGGGCGCCCAGCCCCCAGCGACCCCCGGAGGAGCGGCUCUGCUUCUACACGGGACACGUGCUGAACCACAGCGACUCCUUCGCCUCCCUCAGCACCUGCGCCGGGCUGGUUGGCUAUAUCCAAGUGGGAUCCGAGCACAUGCUCAUCCAGCCAGUGAACGCAUCAGAGACCUCCUUCAGCGGGACAGAACACUUCAUCCGGCGCAGGCGAGCCGCUGCAUCGAGCCAGCCCGUGACCUCACACCUUCCUGAUGAGCGCUGCAAGGUUGUGGCAGAAAAGAAGAGACACAAGAAAAUUAAAUCAACCAGUGACUGGAGGGAGAGAAGAAAUGCCAUUCGACUUACCAAUGAGUACACAGUGGAAACUCUGGUGGUGGCAGAUGCUGAUAUGGUCCAAUACCAUGGUGCAGAGGCUGCCCAAAGAUUCAUCCUCACAGUUAUGAAUAUGGUGUACAACAUGUUUCAACAUCAAAGUCUUGGAAUUAAAGUCAACAUUCGAGUGACCAAACUAGUCCUGCUCCGCAGCCGUCCUGCAAAGUUGUCUAUUGGGCAUCAUGGAGAGAGGUCUCUGGAGAGCUUUUGUCAAUGGCAAAAUGAAGAGUAUGGUGGGGCAAAAUACCUUGGUAACAACCAGGUUCCUGGUGCAAGGGAUGACACCCCUCCUGUGGAUGCUGCUGUUUUUGUAACCAGGACAGAUUUCUGCGUACACAAAGACGAGCCUUGUGAUACCGUGGGAAUUGCUUACCUGGGAGGUGUCUGCAGUGCCAAGAGAAAGUGUGUUCUUGCUGAGGACAACGGUCUCAAUCUGGCAUUCACAAUUGCACAUGAACUUGGGCACAACAUGGGAAUGAGCCAUGAUGACGAUCAUCAGCCCUGUGCAGGGAGGUCUCAUAUUAUGUCUGGAGAAUGGGUGAAGGGCAGGAACCCAAGUGACCUUUCCUGGUCUUCAUGCAGCCGUGAUGACCUCGAAAACUUCCUAAAGUCCAAGGUCAGCACCUGUUUGCUGGUAACAGACCCUCGAAGCCAAUAUGCGGUGCGGCUCCCUCACAAGCUGCCUGGAAUGCACUACAGUGCUGAUGAGCAGUGCCAGAUACUGUUUGGGACCAAUGCUACCUUCUGUAAGAAUAUGGAGCAUUUGAUGUGUGCUGGGCUCUGGUGCCUGGUGGAAGGAGAUACAUCCUGCAAGACAAAGUUGGACCCUCCUCUGGACGGCACUGAAUGUGGUGCAGACAAGUGGUGCCGAGCCGGGGAGUGUGUCAGUAAAACUCCCAUCCCCGAGCAUGUGGAUGGAGACUGGAGCAUGUGGAGUCCAUGGGGCAUGUGCAGCCGGACGUGCGGCACGGGAGUGCGGUUCAGGCAGCGGAAAUGCGACAAUCCCCCCCCGGGGCCAGGUGGGAAGAACUGCCGGGGAGCCAGUGUGGAGCACACUGUGUGUGAGAACUUACCCUGCCCUAAAGGUGUGCCAAGCUUCAGGGACCAACAGUGUCAGGCCCAUGACAGAUAUACCAACAAGAAGAAAAGCCUCCUGACAGCCGUCAUGGUUGAUGAUAAGCCAUGUGAACUCUUCUGCUCUCCACUGGGGAAGGAUUCCCCUGUGCUGGUGACAGACAGGGUCCUCGAUGGUACUCCAUGUGGGCCUUACGAAACUGACCUCUGUGUACAUGGCAAGUGCCAGAAAAUUGGCUGCGAUGGAAUCAUUGGCUCAGCUGCCAAAGAGGAUCGCUGUGGAAUCUGCAGUGGUGAUGGCAAAACCUGUAAAGUGGUGAAAGGCGACUUCAACCACACCAAAGGGAUGGUAACCAAUAGUCAUUGUAAGAAGGUUUCCACAUGUGUGAUGGCAAAGGCAAAGGCUGUUCCCAAGUGUUUCUCGUGUUACAUCGAAGCAGCUGUGAUCCCUGCAGGUGCCCGGCGGAUCAGAGUGGUUGAGGAUAAACCUGCUCACAGUUUUCUGGCUUUAAAAGAUUCCAGUAAGAGAUCCAUUAACAGCAACUGGAAAAUUGAGCUUCCCGGUGAGUUUCAGAUCGCAGGCACUACUGUCCGGUACGUGCGAAGGGGUCUGUGGGAGAAAAUCUCUGCCAAAGGACCAACUAAAAUACCACUGCACUUGAUGGUGCUGCUAUUCCAUGACCAGAAUUAUGGAAUUCAUUAUGAAUACACCAUUCCUGUAAACUACACAGCUGAAAACAGAAGCGAGCCAGAAAAGCAACAGGAUUCCUUGUACAUCUGGACACACAGCGGAUGGGAAGGGUGCAGUGUGCAGUGUGGAGGAGGUGAGCGGAGAACCAUCGUGUCCUGUACUCGGAUUGUUAACAAGACCAUGACGCUGGUGAACGACAGUGACUGCCAGCGAGUGACUCGCCCCGAGCCCCAGGUCAGGAAAUGUAACACACACCCCUGCCAGUCACGGUGGGUGACUGGCCAUUGGAGUCCUUGCUCUGCUACUUGUGAGAAAGGUGUCCAGCACCGGGAGGUGACUUGUGUUUAUCAGCUACAAAACGGCACCUACAUGAACACAAGAGACCUCUACUGCCUUGGCAACAAACCAGCAACAGUACAGAGCUGUGAAGGACGGGACUGCCUUUCUAUCUGGGAAGCAUCAGAGUGGUCAAAGUGCUCAGCAGACUGUGGCAAGGGGAUUCAGAAGAGAACAGUGACGUGCACAAACUCUCAAGGAAAGUGCGAUGCAGCCACCAGGCCAAGAGAUGAAGAAGAGUGUGAGGAUCACACGGGCUGUUACGAGUGGAAAACUGGUGAUUGGUCGAAGUGCUCCUCAACCUGUGGGAAAGGCCUCCAGUCCCGUGUGGUCCAGUGCAUGCACAAAGUUACUGGGCGCCAUGGCAGCGAGUGUCCUGUCCUGUCCAAGCCAGCGGCCUACAGGCAGUGCCACCAAGAGGUCUGCAAUGAGAAGAUAAAUGUCAAUACAAUUACCUCGCCCAGACUUGCUGCUCUCACGUACAAGUGCACAGGCGACCAGUGGACAGUGUACUGCAGGGUGAUCCGGGAGAAGAAUCUGUGCCAAGACAUGCGGUGGUAUCAGCGCUGCUGCCAGACUUGCAGAGACUUUUAUGCAAACAAGAUGCAGCAGAAGAGUUAAUGAACCUGUGCUACUUCUUAGAGUGUCACAGCUACUUGUAUCUAAAUCACGGACUAGUAGGUCUGAGUACUGGAACUUAAUGAGUUGCUACAAUGUGGUGGAUUCUGAAGCAUACCUAGUAAGACUUGAAACUAACUCUACAGACUGCAUACCAAAGUAAUCUACUCAUCCACCUU